CCUGGGGCUGCGAGCGGGCACCGGCACCGGCACCUCCCGGCCACGCCUGCGGCUGCGAGCGGGGCACCGGCACCGAGACCCCCGAGCCACGCCUGGGCUGCGAGCGGGGCACCGGGACCGGCACCAGCACCGGGACCGGGGCUCAUAAAGGGAUCGGGACUUGCACUCCCGGGCCACGCUUGGGGCCGCUGCGAGCCGGACACCGGCAGCGGGACCGGGACUUCCGAGCCACGCGUGGGGCUGCGAGCCGGACACCGGCCCCGGGAGCCGCUCCCGCGCCGGGACAGCCAGCCGCUCCUCUCCCCGCUGUGCCGCCCUGACCAGGUGUCCCCAUGGAGUGACCCUGCCCGGGGGGACGCUGGCUGCCACCACCGCCAGCAUGAGCGACUUCUGGCACAAGCUGGGCUGCUGCGUCGUGGAGAAGCCCCAGCCCAAGAAGAGGAGGAGACGGAUCGACCGCUCCAUGAUCGGGGAGCCCAUGAACUUCGUGCACCUGACACACAUCGGCUCCGGGGACAUGGCUGCGGGAGAGGGGCUGCCCAUGACUGGUGCUGUCCAGGAGAUGAGGUCCAAGGGCGGCCGGGAGCGACAGUGGAGCAGCUCCCGAGUGUUGUAGCGUAUUCCUGGCUUUUUCAGCCCAAACUUGAACUGCCUGACCCCCCGCGCUGGAGGAGAAGCCAACCUGGAGUGCUUUAACCCCGCGGUAUUUAUGCAGCACCAUCCUCACCCGGCUCCCGGUGACUUUGGGGCUUCAUCCCUCUGGAAAAUCCCUCCUUGCUGGAGGCACUGGCUGUGGUGACGUGGGCAGGGAGCCCCCAGCUCCUGCCCCACCUGCACAGGACACAGCCACCCCCCUGAAACGUGCCAGGAGCUGCCAGGAGCAGCCCGCGAGUCCCAAAUCCUCCCAGUUCUCCCUUUUCCCACUCCCGUGUCUCCCAUGGGCUGCAUGGUGGUGCCUCAGUUUCCCCAGGGAACCAGUUCAUGGUGCAGAGGCAGCUUUGAUGCCUCCCAGAACAUCCCAGAGGAGCAAAACCAGGAUUAAGCCCCCAUAUUCUGGUGCCAAACCAGAGUUAAACCCAAGAUGUUCUGGUGUCAAACCAGGACUGGAUGUCAAACUGGGAUUAAACCCCAAUUUUUAGGAGCAGAACUGGGAUUAAACCCCAAUUUUUAGGAG